CCUAAUAACCACGCGAAUAUCAACGAUGGACUCCGACUCCGAUUCAGAUUUUGUGUCCUUUGGGACCCCUCUUGAAAUAAUUGAGGAAGAUGAGCCUCUUCCAAAACCUAUAUCAGUACAGGACCGGGUUGUUCAUGAUCGACAAGGUCGUCAACGUUUCCAUGGAGCCUUUACUGGAGGGUUUUCAGCUGGCUUCUUCAACACGGUCGGAUCUAAAGAGGGUUUUACCCCUUCAACCUUUGUAUCAUCAAGAGGGAAGAAGGCUGAUCAACAUGAUCACAAACCAGAGGAUUACAUGGAUGAAGAUGACAAAGGAGAGUGUGGGAUAGCUCCACGAAAGCUUGUAACAACUCAGAGGUUUGCUGGUGAGGAGGUGGGAUCCAAGAAAAGACCAGCCCCAGAUGUCAGCAUCAUCCCUGAUGAUGGUAGGAUACAAGACAUCAUUAAACCUACAGAAUGAUGGGAAGGUUUAUGGAUGUGCCAGACCACCAAUCCUUGAACCACAGGGUGAUGAUGAGGGUGACAAGGAAGAUGAUGACGAGAGCCCAAAUGAAGAUAGCGAUGAAGAGGACUUCAUGAGGGGCUAAUUCCUCUUUGCUCCGGAUGAUAUUCAAGACUUCAUGUUUGCUCUCAAGGAUGACCAGCACGGCAUCGGCUACCAAGGGAUGGACUCCAGGUCUAUACUCGGUGGUCAUGUGACUCUAUUCGACGACCCAGUCAUGAAGCAGAACAGAAGACAAGGCAUCAAGAGUAGCGUAAGUAAUAUAAUUAAU